ACUUAGGUUUCGAACAAGAGAGAAUCGAACACCUGCUCACCUUAGCACCGUGACAAAUCAGCGGUGGGACGGUGAUUCCGAUCACCGAUGUGACAUAGAAAGAACACGCGGUCCACAACAUCAAUAUGUAUCGAUAAGACUCAACAAUUAGCCAGUUACAAUCAGGAGGUCCACUAACACCAAGUGAUUUAACCUCACCCAACCUCACGGCUCACUUUACCUCACUUAACCCUAACUUAACCUCACUUUGCACUAUCACAAACCACUGGAGGUUACCGGGAAAGGAGGACUAAAAUGGCAUUUAAAGUGACAGUGGAGCCCAUCAUAUUCCUGUUCAUGUUCACAGUUUACCUGUGGUAUCCUCUUUACACGGAGUUGAUAUUCGAGAACCUUAUGGGAUCAAAGAACACAGCGUGCAAGGAGAACGACACGGAAUGCGCGGAAAAGAAGAAGGCCGCUCUGGAGGAGUCCUCUAGGUUAAAUCUCUAUAUCACAGCUUCCCGUCACGUGCCUGCUUUCUUUGUAGCUCUUGUACUAGGGUCCUUUACUGACAGGUACGGUAGAAGGCCAGCUCUGAUACUUUCCUGUAUUGGUAAUACUAUCUGGACGACAUUCCUUCUUCUUCAAGUUUACUUCAGAUUCUCAGUGUAUUACUUCCUUAUCGGAGGUUUCCUAGAUGGAAUGUGUGGAGGUAUCAGCACAUUCCUCUUUGCCUCAUUCGCUUACGCUGCUGACACCUCGAGUGAGGAGACGAGGACCAAGAGGAUCUCCCUGACUGAGAGUAUGGUCUUUCUGGGAGGUUUUCUCGCGUCUGUUACAGGAGGCCUGUGGUCGGACGAGAGAGGGUUUGCAGCACCACUCUUUGCAGUUCAACUCUGUAACGUCCUCAUCAUCGUCUACAUCGUUCUCAAACUAGCCGAACCUAGGAAGGUAUCAAAAGUGCGAUCUUAUAAGUUCAUCGAGCAUUUUAAACGGACGUGCAACCUUUUGGUAGCGCCGAGAGGAGAUCGCAAGUCCUUGUGGUUAGCGCUGCUUAUCUUCUCAAUACUGAUAGCUGUUCUAGCAGGCACCAACAACAUCUUCAUCCUCUUUCUCCUCGACAAACCAUUUGAGUGGUCUAAUACGAGUAUAGGAUACUUCCUUGCGUUCAACACGCUACUAAACGGAAACAUAACUCUACUGGCACUCCCCAAAUUCAACAGACAAGCGGGGGACUACUGGACAGCACUGGUUGGAAUAAUAGCCGCGUGUAUCAGCUCUAUCAUCGUGGGCGUUUCCACUGUUGACUGGAUGCUCUUCUUUGGUUCCACAGUUGGAGCAGUGGGCAGCAUGGCUAUCCCCACACUACGAUCAGAGAUGAGCAAGAUGGUAUCCGCUAACAACCAGGGUUCCCUCUUCUCAGUAAUGUCCGCUUCAGAGGUGCUUGUGGCGCUUAUCAGCAGUUCUGCCAUCAGCAAGAUCUACGAAGCAACUCACUCCUACUACCAUGGCUUUUGUUUCCUUAUUGAAGGAGGUCUUGCUUUCAUCGCUAUUGGUCUACUCAUCGGGCACAAGCUGAUAAAAGCAAGAAAGAAGGAGGACAAAAGAGAGUUGAUAGACCCAGAAGAAGAGGAAUCAGCUCCGCCGGUGUUCGUAAUGUCAGAUCUGGAGGACGAUGACGAGAUACUAGACGAUAUCAAGAUUAAAACCCAGCUCACACUCCGGUCAUCUGAUCCUGUACCCCUACCCCGGACACCUGAUCCCCUGCUCAGAUCAUCUGAUUACCUUUCACCCUCAGAUGGUCCCUCCACUUCUACUGACAGAACUCGUCAGACAACCGGAGCUGACAUCGCGCUGGACAACUCCUUCGAGACGAUUGAUCUGAACAUGGAUACUCAGAUCAUGGCACCUGGUAGCUCGUCUUGUGGUCACGUGACAUGCACAUCACACACUCAGGAACCUUGCAUCACCAACUUGUGAAAUUGCUGGUUGAAUGUAGAACUGGGACUGCAAAGACUUGUAUACUUGCAGUGAUAGGCCAGAGUGGCGUGAAGAAUCUUAUUUCAUUAAUAAAUUAUUGUAAAGCAAUUGUGGGAAAUGAUAUUAAAUUUGCGUAGGUUAUUAGGUGUGGGGUCAGAUAAUGAGGUACAUCUGCACUGAUAACAGUGGAUAAUUGUAACCAAUUACGAACACAGCAAUUUACAAUAUUCAGAACCCAUUUUGACUCGAAAAUCUAUGUCUAAAUGUAUGUAUGAAUUUAUGAACAAUGAAGUACUACCACUUUUGUACCAUGAAAAUGUACGGUCAUUAUGCAUAUCUAAAGGAAGAGUGCAAUUUUUCAAAUAAAAUUGUGUUUCUUUUAUUACUAUUUUCACGAUCAGUGGACAUUUACUUACGAUUAUUUCGUUAAUUUAAUCGAUUAUUUUAAUGUUAUUUAUUUGAUCUUAUUCAUUAAUUGAUUCAAUUGUUUCCGUUACAAAAUUGAGUGUCGUAGGAA